CCGGCGCACGACGUGAAGAACAUGGCUGCGCCGCAGCAGCCUCCCUCCGCGGCUGCCUCGGCCGCGGGCGUGUCGGGCCCCGGCUCAGCGGGCGGCCCGGGAGCCCAGCCGCAGCCGCCGCCGCCGGCACCGCUGGUGGGGCCGGCCCAGAGCGGGCUCCUGCAGCAGCAGCAACAGGACUUCGAUCCCGUGCAGCGCUAUAAAAUGCUCAUCCCGCAGCUGAAGGAGAGCCUCCAGACUUUGAUGAAGGUGGCAGCUCAGAAUUUGAUUCAGAACACGAACAUCGACAACGGACAAAAGAGCAGCGACGGGCCAAUACAGCGUUUCGACAAGUGUCUGGAGGAGUUCUAUGCCCUCUGUGACCAGCUGGAGCUCUGCCUGCGCCUGGCACAUGAGUGCCUGUCCCAGAGCUGCGACAGUGCCAAGCACUCUCCCACACUGGUGCCCACAGCGACCAAGCCAGACGCCGUGCAGCCUGACAGCCUGCCCUACCCUCAGUACCUGGCGGUCAUCAAAGCUCAGAUCGCCUGUGCCAAGGACAUUCACACCGCCUUGCUGGACUGUGCCAACAAGGUCACGGGCAAGACGCCGGCUCCACCUACUGGCCCUGGGGGCACCCUCUGAGCUGGGGAGAGGGCAGGGAGGGUCAGGGGAAGGAUUGGGCAAUGAACAGCAGUUACCCUA